GUCUGCAGUGCAGUGGAGUUAGCUGAGCUCCCUAUAUGGCUGUGGAUUAGCUAUAUGCUAAUACUGAUAGGAGAAGAGAAGCUGUACCCAGUGCAGUGAGCUGCUGGUGGAGGCAAUCGGAGUCUUAGCAGAGCUGACUCCUCAAGAGCCAUGGCUGAAGGGGGUGAAGGAGGGGAAGAUGAAAUACAGUUCCUACGAACUGAUGACGAAGUAGUACUUCAGUGCGUUGCCAGUAUUCAAAAAGAACAACGAAAGUUCUGCUUGGCAGCUGAGGGACUUGGGAAUCGCUUGUGCUUUUUGGAACCAACAUCAGAAGCUAAAUAUGUUCCUCCAGACCUUUGCAUUUGUAAUUUUGUACUUGAACAGUCCCUCUCUGUCAGAGCCCUACAAGAAAUGCUGGCCAACACAGGGGAUAAUGCUAGUGAAGGG